AUGUCGAACGACAACAACAGCACCAAUACCAAUACCAACGGCAACGGUGGGCCAUCUACCGAGCGCCGUGGUUCUGUUACUUCAGCUGCCUUCUCUAAUCUCUUUCAGCGAAGUAACUCGACUUCAACCGGAUCUGGUAACCAUCGCGAAUCAGUCUCUUCGGUUGCGGCCAGAGACCAACAUCGACGACUCUCCGUCACUACACUUGGAUUGUCUGGCACAUCUCCCAAUUCUGCAAGCACUCCAUUUGGGUUGCGGAGAGGCAGCAUCUCUACAAACAACUCGGAUUCUAUCGAUGAGAAUGCUGUUGAAGACGAUGAAACUGUUAAGGCAGGAGCUACUUCUCCUUUCGCUCGUCGUAUAAGCUUUGGUGCCCAGGCCAUGCGCAACCUACGCACAGGGCCCACUAGCCCUGGAUCAACUGGUAGGCCUCCCCAGAAGUCACGACGUAUCUCCAAUGGAAAUACGCGUGCUUCACUUACUGGUGCUACACCCGCCCCAACCGCUUCGAGACGGGCUAGCACCUCUCAGGCAAGCUACAUUUUACCCUACAGAACCCCUUCUGACUUGUUUUCUGCUCGGGCAGACAACGGCUACAAUUGGUCCGAGCAGCUUAGAUCCCGCGCCGAAAGUAGUGUUCAAGGUCAUCGACCGAGUUUUGGAGUCCCUAGAUAUGGCUCACCCCCACAUGGCACCGGCCAUGAUCGUGCCAAGUCCGUUUCCGACAUGCCGGCCCCGCCUCAACAGGCUGCUGCCGUCAAGGACCGUUCUGCUCUCUCAUCUGCUAUUUCCUUUGCACUGCGUCCCUUCUUACCUGACGUCACUCGCUUCGACGACUUAUUUCCAUGA